AUGAACACCACAGAUAACGAUGGGUUCGCCAUUCCGUCCUUGUCAGGAGAAGGUCCGUCGUCGUCUUCUUCCACUAAAAAACCAGUCGCUUCAUUAGAUCUUCCGAAACACGAAUCACUCCGCUUCAAACCGAUCAAGACACUGGCAAGUCGAAUCGAUGGCAGCGAGUAUUACGAUGAAGCCAGCAUUGAAAAAGUCUUAGAGAUGCUCGAAAUCGGUCGCAUCGAUGACGCUACUGCUUGCGCGGAUUCACUCUACGCCGGCAUUAUCGACGACGACACCUUGGAUAUUGUGGGCAUCGCUGAAUAUGUUAAACUUCUCGUUGUUCUGCGGCAAUGGCGACGUGUCAGUCAUCUGGUGUCCCGGAAAAAUUACUACCAGAUCCACGUGGUCUUUGCCUACUACGCAGUUACUGCUCUUUUUCACAGAAAAAUGUACGAAGAGGUGACAGAAUUGGCAGUAGGUCAUCUGCUCCCGAAUAACGGGCAGCACGGGUUGCUACCAGUCAGAACCCUGUCCCAAGUCACUGGUAGAUUUGUGGAAGAAGAGAAGACAAAGUAUUCGUUUGCAAACAUGGCUGAACUGGAUAACAUCUCCAAGAAGUUGCGGAUGCUUCCAGCUCUCAUGCUUACUAUUGCCGAAAGCUUUUUAAAAUUGAUGAAUCGUGACGCCGCUAUGAUUUGCAUCAACUACGCGCUCAGUGUGGACAACACAACGCUUCAUAUCGAACGGCUGAUGACAAAGUACAACCUAGUGGAGCCAGCACAGUGGGAACAUUAUAAAAAGGUACGAAAUGCGCAAUUGAAGCUACACGAAGGUAGCCACGACCCUCAAAUUCUCAUCGAACGUGCACAACAUGCCUAUGAAAUGGGUCGAUUCGGAGAGGCCAAGCGACUCACCAGCGAACUUUUCGAACUAUUCGGACCACACCCUGAAGCCAUUCUUCUUCGUAUUCACUGCUUGACAAUGUUGAAAGAUUCUCGUUCCCUUCUUCAAUUGGGACACCAACUAGUCGCCGAUGAUCCGUAUGUCCCUCUUCCGUGGUAUUGUGUCGCCCUCUACUAUUAUACAAUUGGAGCCAACGCAAGAGCUAGAAAUUUUAUUAGCAAAUGUACAAUGAUGGACACAACUUUCGCCGAGGGCUGGGUUGCGUUUGGUCACAUUCUCCACUAUGAAGUUGAGCAUGAGCAAUCGAUGAGUUGCUACUAUCGCGCGUCAAAACUAGUCGAUCGAAGCUCGGAGCCCUUCCUCUACGUCUCUCUACAAUACAGUACGCAUAGUCAAAAGCUGAGCAAGAAAUUCAUGAUGGAAGCGGUGUCUCGUGCUCCGAACGAUCCAGUGAUUCGUCACGAGGAGGCGUGCGUCGCAUAUACAGCCAAGAUAUAUUGUGAGGCUGAUGUGCUGUUCAGAAACGUUUUGUAUAUGGUAACAGAUACAUCAGAAGAUGCUCCGAUUGAGGAAACACUGAAGAAACCAAUUGAUGAUUUCUGGCGUCCAAUGCUCAACAAUCUGGGUCAUAUCUCACGGCGAAUGGGGCGGGUUGAGGAGGCAAUCCUAUUUUAUCAGAAGGCUAUCAAAAUGGAGCCCAAGUACAUCGACGCUAUUGCAUCGACGGCUCUCUGCUACGCAGUACUCGGUGAGACUGAUCGAGCCACUGAGUUUUUCAACAGAGCGCUUUCCAUUGAUCCAUUCAACGAAACGAUUCGGCAGUGCCUGGCGAAGAUGAUUGUGGCUUCGAAGCUAAAGUAUAAAACUGAUGAGCGAGCGAUGCCUUCUACAUUCAACGUCGAGCGAUUCGAACCGCAAGGAGUGCUUCCGAACUGUGGAAUGCGUCGGCCACGAAACGAUGGAUUCGUCGUGCCAUCGAUUAUCUCCUCCCAGCAACCGUUCAUGCAAAUGUUCCGUGCUCGUGUCAGAGCCGAUCAAGCGGAACAACGACGACUACAAGGGCGCACGACUCGUACGGAACGAGAAAUCAUUGACGAAGACCACGAGGACCAGAACAGAUGA